AUGGUAGAACAGACGCUUAUUGGCAAGGUCGCUAUCGUCACGGGCUCAGCUGGGGGCGGAAUUGGCGAAGCCAUUGCCAGAGAGCUUUCCGAUAAGGGAGCUCAUGUUGUGGUCAAUUACCCUUGGAAGGCUGAGAAGGCAUAUGCAGAAACGGUUCUCUCCUCACUACACACCUCAGAAAUUGUCGUUGAAGCCAACCUUUCUACUCUAGAAGGGCCACGCAUUCUUGUUGAAGAGACUGUGAAGGAGUAUAGUCGUAUCGACAAUCUUAUCAACAAUGCCUCAGUUGCAAUCAACAAGCCACUCGAGGAAACGACCUUGGCUGACUGGGACCUCUCGACGAACCUUAACGGGCGUGGUUACUUUCUGAUGACGCAGGGCGUUCUACCUUAUCUGACACCUAAGGAUUCACGCAUCGUCAAUAUUGUUAGUAUCUCGUCGAAUACGGGCCCCCUAAACCAAACGAUCUAUGCGGGAACGAAGGGCAUGCAAGAAGCCUUCACGCGCGUCUGGGCGAAGGAACUGCCCCCCGUUUACGGGUGCACAGUAAACUCGAUUUCACCAGGCCCAACGCAAACCCGGGUUUGGAACACCGUGGAAGAGCCUGCGAAAAAAUACCUCCAAUUACUUGCCACUGCCACUCCAGUCAGUAAAAGGUUUGGAACUCUGGAAGAGGUUGCGUGGUCAGUUGCCAUGCUUUGUGAGCCGAGAGCUAUCUGGAUUAACGGCAGCCACCUCAUAGCUUGCGGUGGCUUGUAUAUACCAUGA